GGGAAAAAAACAACAAAAUAGUCCCGUUCAUAAGUUCACACACGUCCUUCCCCAAAAUUUUCUCUCGAAAAAUUUGCUACUACAAUUUAGAAAAGAGAAAGGAAAGUAAAAGAAAAGAAAAACCACCACUCAAAGAAAUGUCAAAAGUGCUCUUCACAUCUUCUUCUUGAAAGGCCACCGACAGAAAUAGGCCAAUAAAACUGGGUUUUGCCCAGAUUCCAAUUAUUUUUUAAGAAAAAGAAUUUUCUUACUUCUUUUUGGGUUGAUUUUAUUAUGGAGGCAAGUUCAGGUGAUCAAGGUGUUCAAAGUAAUUUCAAAGGAAUUCCAACUCAUGGGGGUCGAUAUGUGCAGUAUAAUGUGUAUGGUAAUCUUUUUGAAGUUUCCAAAAAGUAUGUUCCCCUUAGGCCUGUUGGUCGUGGAGCUUAUGGCAUCGUUUGUGCUGCUAUGAACUCGGAAACACGUGAAGAAGUAGCUAUUAAGAAGAUUGGCAAUGCAUUUGAUAAUAGAAUUGAUGCGAAAAGGACACUACGAGAGAUAAAGCUUCUUCGUCACAUGGAUCAUGACAAUGUGAUUGCCAUUAAAGAUAUUAUAAGGCCUCCACAAACUGAGAAUUUCAAUGAUGUCUACAUUGUUUAUGAAUUGAUGGACACUGAUCUUCAUCAGAUAAUUCGUUCCAAUCAACAAUUGACUGAUGAUCACUGUCGGUAUUUCCUAUACCAAAUACUACGAGGACUUAAGUACAUUCACUCUGCCAACGUCCUGCAUCGUGAUCUAAAGCCUAGCAAUUUGCUUCUCAAUGCGAAUUGUGACCUUAAAGUUGGAGAUUUUGGGCUUGCAAGGACAACAUCUGAGACAGAUUUCAUGACGGAGUAUGUCGUAACACGGUGGUAUCGGGCACCGGAGUUGCUCCUAAAUUGUUCAGAAUAUACAGCAGCAAUUGAUAUCUGGUCAGUAGGUUGCAUACUGGGUGAGAUGAUGACAAGACAACCUCUCUUUCCCGGCAAGGACUAUGUUCACCAGUUGAGACUUAUCACAGAGCUCAUAGGAUCACCUGAUGAUGCCAGUCUUGGAUUUCUCCGGAGCGAUAAUGCUCGGAGAUAUGUUAGACAGCUCCCCCAGUAUCCAAGACAACAAUUUGCUGCUAGAUUCCCCAAUUCAUCUCCUGGAGCUGUUGAUUUGCUUGAAAAAAUGCUUGUCUUUGAUCCAAGCAGGCGUGUUACAGUUGAUCAAGCGCUCUGCCACCCCUACUUGGCGCCUCUUCAUGAUAUCAAUGAGGAGCCCAUUUGUCCUAAGCCUUUCAGUUUUGACUUUGAGCAGCCAUCUUUCACUGAAGAAAAUAUCAAGGAACUCAUCUGGAGGGAAUCCGUGAAAUUUAAUCCAGAUCCAACUCACUGAGAGAGACGCUGUUUUACAAUUUAUGCAGUUAAGAGUUCGGUGACGUAAUUUUGUAGAAUACUGUAUCAAACUUUGUAAUGUUCCACAGUAAAAAUAUAACAAAUGCAGUGGAGGUGAGUUCACGGCUCUGAUAUUAGCUUAUGUUAGAUUUGUUCUAUAAUCUUUCAAGGUGAUCAAUGCUGUACAAAGGAGCUAAAACCAAACUUGAAUGGCAGUCCGUGAUCAGAACAUUUCCAAGUACCAAUUCCAUCUUGACACCAGAUUCUUCUCUGAGUGGUAGGACUAGGAAAUCCUGAGUGAUUACAGCUUGUUAUCCUGAAAAUUUGACCUAUUGCUUUCAAGUAGUUUGACGGUAGAUGUAUGUAUUUUUUAGUUUGGAUGCCCUGUGUGAUUGUAGAUCUGUAUGCCUAUAAUCAAGCACCUAGUUUUCUUGAUUGGCUCAUUGUUCUUUCUCAGCUAAAGUGAGAAUUUGCUA